ACUUAAGAAUGAAUUAUAGCCAAUCAUACAAAUCAAACAUCAUAACCUCUCCACAAUUUUUUUAGCUUCUCACCUUAAAAUUUGCCGCUUGAUUCCAAGAUUUCUCUUCCAGCAACUUUCUUUAUUCUUGACAAUCUUUUUCUUUUUAAAAAUUUAAAAUUUUAAUCAAUCUCUCUUGGCAUAUAGUAUAACUUCUAGUACUUGAUAGUUUAAUUUCAACAACUUUGGCAUGUUCAUAAAUCUUUGAUGCAUCAUAAAUAACGGGAAGACUCAAAAUUUGCAUUUGCUUGAUUGAUCUUGCGGUGAUGACAAGUUCUUUUGGUUGGUUACGAUGACAUUUAGGAAGGGGGCAAUCCGAAUAAGAAAAGAAGAGAAGAAUCGAUGCGAAAAAGAGUGUUGUUGCCAUGGAAGAAGUACCUGGCUCAGUUGGGACCAGUGCUAGCUUCUCUUUGAGACUGGGACAGACCAUUUUUUCUGGUGCUUCUCUGUUUUUCAUGGCUUUGGGUGCUCAAUUCUACAGCUACACCGCCUUUCGAUACUUGGUGACAGUGAUGGGAUUGGCAAUCCCAUGGAGUUUGACAUUAGCAAUAGUGGAUGGAUACUCAGUUUUGGUAAAAUGCUCAAUCAGACAGCAAGGAAUAGUGGUGAUUAUCAUAGUUGGAGACUGGCAGGUUUUAUCACUUCUUACACUAGCUGCAGCAUGUUCAACAGCUAGUGUUGUGGAUCUUUUGCUUCAUUCAGAUUCUUCAUACUGCCCUCGGAAAGUUUGCGGUAGAUUUCAAAUAUCUGCUGCUAUGGCUUUCUUGUCUUGGUUUCUGUCUAUGGCUUCUUCUCUCUUCAAUCUCUGGUUACUGCCCUCCUUGUGAUAUUUUGGUUCUUCACAAAUCAAAGUGAAAUACAGAAUGUAAAUCCAUUAAAAUCUUAAAAUGCAGUAUGUAAAUCAUUCAAAUCUACCUAUCUUCCAUGCGUUUUUUUGAAGGAAGAAUCGAACUACGACAUCUCUAUGUCUGCGGAAACUCUUCCAGCCAAAUUUUGUUUUAUUUCUACACUAGAAAGCCAAGAAUCGAAUUACAAUGUUUUUACAA